CUAACAGUGCCUAGUCUGCCGGAAAGGAACAGAAGAAGAAGAAAAACACUUCCGCAUAGUCACAGUUUUCCAUCUCAGCCAGGCUGUCAACAAAAAUGGCUAAAUUUAAAGACAAAAGACGAGAGAAAACCAGUGUCGCCACUGAGAUCGACCGUUUGGAGGAGCGACGGGCGCGUUGCCAGAACAACCUGGAGAGGGCAGAGUUCAGGAGCAGGAAAGAGGAGCUCUCUGACAAGCAAAGGCAGGAACUGGAAGAUGAAUUGGCAAUCAUUAAUGAAAGGGUGCAAAAGUUAGACAAGGAGCUGGAGACAUUAAGAGGAGAGAAUCGGAAGAACAUGCUGCUAUCAGUCGCUCUGCUGGUCAUCAUCUGUCUCGUCUACUUUCUUUUUUACAAUGAAGAGGACUCAUGACACCAACUAACGCUCUUAAAAACACCAACAACAUUAGGGCAAUGUUAAUAAGAUAAAAUAUGAGGCUAGAGCUGCGUUGAUGCCUCUAGAUGGCAUCAUUGUCACUUUCUUGAUCUCUGGUCAUCCUAUCGAGUUUAUGCUGCACAGUCAGAACUCCACCACUGCCUCUUGGAAUGCAAAGUUGGUGUUUUCAGCAUGUUUAACCCAUAGACUGUAUAUAAAAAGGUUUAACCUUAAUUAUGGCCUUUACUUUGUUUCUCAUUUAAAUUUCUGUCAGCAAAUCCACAAAUAUUUACUGUUUCUGUCUCUUCCUCUUUACGCAGUUCUCAGUUUCCUCACUUUCUGAAGCUUUCUCGCAAAUGUCAAUGCAAGCAGGACUCUGUGACAUUACACAGGCAGUGAAUACACAGAGGGAAAGAAGUCUGCUGUCUUGUCUUAACAGCACACAAUUUAGAUGUUUUUUGGUAAUACUUUUCUUUGCUGUAUAGAUACCCGACUGUAUAAUAUGACAUUUAACAUGAAGAAGAAUUCAUGUACAACAUUUUUUCACCAAAAAACAAACAAAUACAAAGUUUGCCUUAUGCCACAAAGAAACCAAUGUAAUAUUGCUGUAUUUUAUGCAAUAUAUCAAAGAGAUGCUUCAGCUAUGUUUGAUAAUGCAAGAUGAAAAUAUUUGAUACAUUUGGUAUGUACAGUGUGUUUUGCCAUCACAGCAAAAUCCUAAAGAAUGUAUUUUUUGUUUUUGAUACUCAUGCUGGCCAUGUACCCAUCUGCUAAUAAAAGUUGAAAGAUGCCAGACAUGUUCACAAAAUUGGGUCUGGUCGUUAUAAUUGAUCUGUUAUUUGUCAAUUUAUGUGUUUCGUUUUUAUGAAGAUAUUAAACACGUCAAUUUAAAAAGCA